GUCACACAUACAAGCAUUUAUUUUCUUGUAGGCUGGAGAUUGGCUUUAGAGGGACUUUGUUGAUUCUGUCUGGGGUGGAACUUCACCUGGUGGCCGUAAAUAUGCUGCUACGUCCUGUUGAAAGCUACAAAAAACGUUAUCACUUUAAACUGAGGCAACAGGAAAAAGCAGCGAAACAAAACAGAACGCCGAUUUACAAGGGCCCAAACCACGAUGUGAACUCUGACCCCAACCCAUUCUUGAUCACUUCCGGUGACGUGUACAACACCAAAGGUGAAGGUCAAGACGAGGACGUCAGUCUUGUAGAGGACCCUUGUCCUGAUGAGGCAAACGAGGACAAGUAUGAUGGCAUUGGAUCAAAGGACGACGAUCCUAGCUUCAAGGAGGUUCUCAUACACGAAGACGCUGAAAACACGCAAAUAAAAACUUCACGGCAGCGAUCUUGUUCAGACGCCGAGCAGAUUAAAAAUGGCUUCACAUCCGGGGGACUCUCCCCUACACUGUUCUCUAGUCAAAGAAACGUGCUUGUUCCUUCCCGGCAAAUAUCGUGUGAUAGCAGUACAGUCGCCAGCAGUAGAAAACAGAUCAGCCUGGAGCGCUACACGAGUCAGCUGAGUGUGGUCAGUCACGCUGAUCUCCCUUGUAUCCUGCCGUCUUUAGCGGAGGAGAGCGAGAAAAGUGGGCGUGGCUGUCAGCUGAGCACAUUCAUUGAUUUGUCGCUUUUCAAGAACUGGUUGUUCCGUAUGAUGAUGUUGUUCACGGCCCUGGCUGUGUUCAGCAACUACCUGACCAUCUACAUGCCAACAAUAGCCGUGACGUCAGGGAUAGGGAAGUCUGAUGCGGCCAUGUUGAUGACUGUAAGUGGGGUCACUGACCUCGUCACAAGGAUCGUCAUGGGCUUCAUCGCGGACUUCAAGUUUGUCUCCAAGCCUAAGUUAGUGGCAUUCAGCCUAGCUGUCAUCACUGUCAUAUGUCAGUGCUCCAGGCUGUUCAACACCUACAAGCUGUUCGUGGCCUUCGCCGUUUUAGUCGGCAUUUUCGGCGGGUUCCGUCAGAACUUCUACAACGUCAUGCUGCUUGACUACUUUGGGGCGGAAAAUAUCGCCAAGGCCAAUGGUCUUGCUAUGAUGAUCGCAACGUUAGUUAUUUCCCUUAACCAUCCUGUGUUAGGAGCAAUGCUGGAUGCCACAGGUAGUUUUGUUAUCCCCCUCCAUUAUGUGGGCGUGAUGGUAAUGUUGAGUACCAUUGUUAUCUUGAUGGAGCCACUUUUUAAAAAACUAAACGACAAAAAGUUCAUGAAAGAAAACAAUAGUCUGACCAAAGAGGGAGGGCUAAAGGGAGACAAGGAGGAAACAGAACCGCUACAGAAAACAGAAUUGGAAGUUUAA